AUGAUGUCGGGCUAUGCUCCGACCUGUAAAGCCUCUGGCUCGUCGUCGUCGUCGUCCCUCGUCGUUGUCUUCAUCAUCAAGCUCGCACGUCAACGCGAUCGCCGGCUCGAGCUCAGCCGGCUACGACAACGACGACGGCACCUCGCACCUGAUCCCGAUCAACGGCUACGUGCCCCACUCGACCUACUCGUCGACGCCGCUGUCGCCCAUUAUCGAGAGCUCACCGCGGAUCAGCCACAGCAGCAACGGCGCGGCCGGGUUCGGACACGGCAUCGGCGCGUUCCACGACGACCACGACGACGAUCACCACCACCACCACCACGCCGUCUCGACCGCCAUCUCCAGUCCAACGAUUCCUUCCUCGCCCUCCUCCCCGAGUCCCCAUCAGGGCGCGUUCUUAGGGGCCAGAGGGCCACAUCAUCGCACGACCUCGUCCACCUCGGCUCAGCGCACCGGAGGCGGAGGCGGAGGCGGAAGCGGGCCAGCAGCUGGCGUCGGCGCGAACCUGUUUCUCGAUCCACCACCAAAACGAUCUUGGGGAUCCGGGAUCGUGUACGUCGUCACGAGGUUGCGCUCACCGAGGCGGAUGAAGGCGUGGUUCCAUGCCGCCGCGUCGAAUGGCGCCGACUCGUCGCCGUUCGUCAGAACAAUUGUCGCGGCCGCGUCGAUUGGGUUCAUCGUUUGGCUCUUGAUGGCUAUGGGAGCGCCACCACGGACAGCCGCAGCAGCAACACAACGAGGCAAGACUCCAAUAUACCCCAAAGGAGCGGAGCCGAGUCGGAAUCUUCGCGGCAUGUUGGCCAAGACAUUCCCCUUUCUCGGCUCCGAUUCGUCCUUGUUCCCCUUCUCCUCCUCCUCCUCUUCUGCUUCUUCGCCACCUCCGGGCGUGAUUGAAUUCACGAUCCCGACGCCCGAACCAUAUCAUGUGCGCCUCGCCCAAGCGCAAGCGAUGCUCGACGCCGAUCCCGACUCGGACGGGUUGGCCUACCGCCGUUUCCUCGAACGCACGACCUCGCCCGAGGGGCAAAUGACCCAUUCACCCACCAUGGCCUUCGACCACAUUUACGUGCUCUCGUUGCCGCAUCGUAUGGAUCGGAGGGCCGAGAUGACGCGGUUGGCGAACGCGUUGGGCGUCAAGUUGACAUUUGUGGAUGCGGCGCUCAAAGAUGAGCCGUUCAUUCAGUGGAUUGGGGAGAGGGUCGCCGAGACGAGGGAGUUGAGGAGGAGGGUCAUGGUCAGUUGCCACGAACGCGCCGAUAUCGGAAAAGUCUGAUCGCUGACAUGCUGUGAUCUACAUGCACACACAGGCCAAAGCGCGCAAGGCCUCGCCGGCUUCGAUCGGUGGACUGCACAUUGGUUCCGACUGGCUCACCCCUUACCUCGACAAGAAGCACCUCAAAGUGUUCCCCCAAUUCCCCUCCGAUCGCAAGCGGUACCCAACAGGGAAUUGGAUCACCCAUCUCGAGGCCUUGCACACCGCGGGAAAUCAUACGAGCCUGAAACCCAUCGACGAAAAGUUUGACCUCGCCAAAGCGCUCAACGACCCUUUGGAGGAAUUCGCGGUACGGCAGGUGCACGAAGGGAUCAUCUCGACCUAUUGGGGGCAGACGAGGGCUCUGAAAGCCGUUGUGCAGAAUGGAGAUCGCGCGGCGUUGAUCAUGGAGGAUGAUGUUGAUGUCGAGUGGGAUCUCGAAAGGUUAUGGAGUCGUAUUCAUCGCAAGUUGCCCGAGGAUUGGGACGUGACGUUCUUGGGGCAUUGUUGGAGUCGGGAAUACAUCAGUCAGUCCUAUGGGCAUUGUGGUUGAAUGGGCUCAUGGAGCUGAUGCACUAACGCCGUAAAUUGCGUCCAUGACCACGUCCCACAGCGCCCAUGCGGUUACACCCUCACAUCCACGCCUCGGUGAUGCCGAUGUGUUUGCACGGAUGGGCCGUUUCGGCCGACGGCGCGCAACGCCUCCUCUCGACCUUCUUGGACCCUUGGUCCGCCUACUCGACCGCGGUCGAUCUCGUGCUCCCCACCAUGAUCCGCUACCACCGCAUCGCGGCCUAUUCGAUCCAACCUCCCUUGAUCAUCCAACGCAAAGACGGUCCCUCGGACCUCCAAGAAGGUUCUGGAUCGAAGUGGCGGGGAAUCUUAAGGGAUAGUACGGUCGAACGAUUGGCGAAAGAUGAUGGGACGUAUGAGGGGAUGAAGCCUUUCGAUCCGGCGAAUAUUGACCCCGGAACCAAGCUGAGGAUGGGGUGGUGUCCGAGCGAAUUCGAUGAUGGCAAAGAUGGGGAAGGGAGGUGA